UCCCCUCCGGGAGUGGCUCUCACGUCCUGGCUCCUCCCUGCGCCACGUUGGGGAGGGCCCGGUUGUUUUCCCUCUCGCGCCUUCUCAGCUCAGGCUUGGGCCGUGGUUUGUAGACCGAGAGCGAGUCAAAGCCGCUGCGGGAAAAGCAGUGUUUCUUUUCUUUUGGCCACGAUUUGACCGCCUCUCCACCCCCUUCCGUCCCCGCCAAAAAAACAACCAGUGGUGGCUUGAGGGAGAGCUGGACGUUGUUGCCGAGGAAAAUAGCUGCUUUGAGGGCUUGGUGCUCAUCUGCCAGCCCAGGUCACCGGUAAACUGGGGGUGCCAUCCACCUGAUUGUGAGGAUAGUAAGAGCAGCAGAUACUGGGUUCUGCGCUGACCGUGCCAAGCAGAGUAGCUAACCGCUUUACCCGAUUCUCUGAUUCAGUCCCUACAGCAGCCUUUCAGAGGCUUACGCACACAGCAUGUGCAGGUGCGAGAACUGAAGAACUUGGGGGGAUAGAAAAGUUCAGAAAACUUGCCCGAGUUCAUGAUGUCCACAAAGCCCCAAAGCUUCGGCCAAGAUAUUAAUCAAGGCAUGCAGAGAAGAUAACACUGGCCCGCACAUAGAGAACAUCCCGUAAAUGGGGUUACUAUCGUCAAACCAAUAGUUUAUGGUAAUGUUGCUCGAUAUUUUGGAAAGAAAAGAGAAGAGGAUGGGCACACCCAUCAGUGGACAGUGUAUGUAAAACCAUAUAGAAAUGAGGAUAUGUCAGCGUACGUGAAGAAAAUCCAAUUUAAAUUACAUGAAAGCUAUGGCAAUCCGUUAAGAGUUGUUACUAAGCCUCCAUAUGAAAUUACUGAAACAGGAUGGGGUGAAUUUGAAAUAAUCAUCAAAAUAUUUUUCAUUGAUCCUAAUGAGAGACCUGUAACCCUCUAUCAUUUAUUAAAGCUGUUUCAGUCAGACACCAAUGCAAUGCUGGGAAAAAAGACAGUGGUUUCAGAGUUCUAUGAUGAAAUGAUAUUUCAAGACCCAACAGCAAUGAUGCAACAAUUAUUAACAACAUCUCGCCAGCUAACAUUAGGAGCCUAUAAGCAUGAAACAGAAUGUACCUCUCUAAGCUGGGAAUCCAUCCGGGAGUCAACAAAGAUCCUUGUGCUGCUGGAGCCAGCAUUCAAGCGGGGAAAGCCGGCAAAGAACACUGAACACAGUCGGAAUAAAGAAGUUGACUCAAGUGUGAAGUCGGAAGGUGUGAGGUUAAAGUUAAAGCGAGGGAAAGGGGUUGGGAGCACUAGGGUUGAGCACGGACAAGGUUGCGACUUUAAUCUUUCCUUUUUUUGUCCCCAAGCCACUUCCUGGGAGUUUGAGAAACAAGACAGAGGAUCAUAGGGGAAGGGAGGGAAAAAUGAAACCAGACAAAACCAGACGGAAGAUGUGGUUGACAUAAAAAAAGCUGUACGUAUUUAAGGUAUCAACUUGGUGAGUUUGAAGAUACAUAUACAGCAGUGACACCAUCACCACUUUGUAUGCCUCAAACAGAUCCAUCACCUCCAAAAGUUUCCUCCUACCCUCUUUGUUUUUUCUUCUUUUCUUUUGUCACGAGGUUGCAAUUUUAAAUAGGGUGAUCUAUGUUGGCCUUACUGAGAAGGUGGCUUUAGAGCAAGAUGUAAAGGAGGGGGCGGAGUUAGUUAGCAAUCUCUCUGGAAAACGUGGUGCAGGCAGAAGGAAGAGCCAGUGUGUACUCUAAAGCAAAAGCAAUUCCUGGCGUGUUCAAGGAGCACCCACGAGGCCACCGUAGCUGGAACGGAGUGAUCAAGGGAAGAGUAGCAGAAGGGGAGGGCUUUUUGCAAGGACUUCAGUUGUUAUUCCAAGUGAGAUGGGAAACCAGAAGAGCAGUGUGAUCGGAAUUAAGUUUGGAAAGAUCCCUGUGGAUGGACCGGAGAGGAGCAAAGAUAGACACAGGAGUAUAGGUUAGGAGCCUAUUUCAGAAUCCAGAUAAGACAUGAUGGUAGUUAGGGUCAGGAGCAGUAGACAUGCUGUAUUUGUGCAACUGGAGAUUCAUUUAGCCAGCAAAGAAUUCAUAGGCACUGUAUGUGUGCUGGGAGGCUGUGGUGACCAGCCUAAUGCCGGUCCCUCCCAUAUUACUGUAGGUGAUGCUUAUAGUUACCGUGGAUGGAGGGCUUGCUGCCAGUCAGGUUGGCUUUAAGAGGUGCAAAGUUGUUUUCUCAGUGAACCUGGAUCUACUGCUAAAACUCAGGUGUCACUCUUGUCCCCAUUAAAGGGGAGGAAAGUCAAACCCUGAGAGGGUUAGUGAGUGGCACAACAGGCAAAGGCAGAACUCAAGUGCAGUGGGUUGUGUUCCAGAAUGCCUCCCUUAAAGAUGGCAGCCAUGGGGGCACCUGGGUGGCUCAGUCGUGAAGCAUCUGCCUUCGGCUCAGGUCAUGAUCCCGGGGUCCCGGGAUCGAGUCCCGCAUCGGGCUCCCUGCUCGGCGGGAAGCCUGCUUCUCCCUCUCCUGCUCCCCCUGCUUGUGUUCCUUCUCUUGCUGUCUCUCUCUGUCAAAUAAGUAAAUAAGUAAAUAAAUAAAUAAAUCCUAAAAAGAUGGCGGCCAUGGCAGGGUUAUAAUAGGAUGAUAUGGGAGGGAGGGGAUGACUUUGAAGCUGAAGUUUUUUUUGUUUUUUAAAGAUUUUAUUUAUUUGAGAGAGCGCAGAGUGAGAGAGAAUACAAGGGGGGGUGCAAGGGCGCCUGGGUGGCUCAGUUGGUUAAGCGACUGCCUUCGGCUCAGGUCAUGAUCCUGGAGUCCCUGGAUCGAGUCCCACGUCGGGCUCCCUGCUCAGCAGGGAGUCUGCCUCUCUCUCUGACCCUCCCCCCUCUCAUGCUCUAUCUCAUUCUCUCUCUCAAAUAAAUAAAUAAAAUCUUUAAAAAAAACCAAAAAUACAAAAAUACAAAAAAAAAGCAAGGGGGGUUGCAGAGGGAGAGGGAGAAGCAGACUCCCUGCUGAGCAGGGAGCCCCACACAGGGCUCCAUCCCAGGACCCCAGGAUCGUGACUUGAGCCAAAGGCAGACGCUUAACGACUGAGCCACCCAGGUGCCCUGAAGCUGAGGUUUAACAGUUUGCUGGGGGAAGGGUGGGUGUAGGGAGAGGAGAAAGCAGGGGUGAGAAGAAGAGUGUCCCCAGCUACAGGGAAGAUCAUGUACAAAGACAGACCUAGAAGUUAGAAAGCAGGGCCUUAGAAAGACUGAAAAAAAAAAAAAACCCACCAUGUUGUUGAAUCUCCAAAUGUGUGAGGGGUAGUGAUACAGAAUGAACCAGAAAAACAGACAGGGAAUGCAACUUUGGGUUAGUACGUCUAUGGGUCAAUAAUCUAACUGCGUAUUUGUCUUUAAUAUUUUCUUCCUGGGAAUUUGAAAAACAAGACAGAGGAUCAUAGGGGAAGGGAGGGAAAAAUGAAACCAGACGAAACCAGAGGGAGAGACAAACCAUAAGAGACUCUUAAUCUCAGGAAACAAACUGAGGGUUGCUGGAGGGGAGGGGGGUGGGAGGGAUGCGGUGGCUGGGUGAUGGGCCCUGGGGUGGGUUUGUGCUAUGGUGAGCGCUGUGAAUUGUGUAAGACUGAUGAAUCACAGACCUGCACCCCUGAAACAAAUAAUACAUUAUAUGCUAAUACAAAUAAAUAAAUAAAUAAAUAUUUUCUCCUGGGAUCUCAUGUUGCAUAUAUAUCAAUUGGAAGGGAGUGGAUCUUGGAGUCAGAGAAGCAAUGGCAGCCCAAGAAGCAGCUUGCAGCUUGCAGUGGGAAGGCUAAAGGCCCCAAAUCUCCAUCACCCCCUCCAUCCAACCCAAAUAAAUAUACUAAGUAAAGCAAGGAGCUCGCUUUGCAAACACAGCCUCAAGAAAAGUCCUCUGCCUGCAUUUCAAUGUAACCCUUUUGGAGCCUUCAUUGCAGACAAGACUAACCGAAUCCUGCUCUACCGUUUAUCAGUUGUAACAGGAAUUAUUUCACAUUGAUAAGCGUCACUUAUCUAUUCUAUAAAAUUGACAUUAGAUUACCCAUUUCAGGAUUAUCAUCUCUCUAACUGAGCUCAUGCAUACAAAUUGCAUGUUUGACACUUUCUAUUCAUUUGCAAAGUUCAAAUAUCUAAAUAACAAUUCCACAUUCAGAUAAAGAGUGCAUUUUGAUUCUCCCACAAAUCGGAUAAGUGGUUCAGUCUUAAGUGAUACAGGAAUAAAUGUUUAAGUUCCACAAACUCCAUCCGCUUUAGUCCAGAACUUUCUUUCUUUCUUUUUUUUUUUUUUUUAAAGAUUUUAUUUAUUUAUUCAUGAGAGACAGAGAGGCAGAGGGAGAAGCAGGCUCCCAAGGAGCAGGGAGCCCGAUGCGGGACUCCAUCCCAGGACCCUGGGAUCAUGACCUGAGCCGAAGGCAGACGCUUAACCAUCUGAGCCACCCAGGCACCCAGUCCAGAACUUUCUAUUUAUUUCAAAAUAAGAUGGGAAUUUCUUGGCAUAUGGUGUCUGGAAGGAGAGAAAUGCACUGAUUUGUCAAGCAGAGAAUCCCCUGGACUUUGAAGGUAAAAGCUGGUCUGGCCCACUGAGAAGUGCCCAGGCUUUGAAACCAGACUAAUUUGGGAUUAACUGGGGCAGUGUGGUCGAUUUCAUCAGUGGCAUUGGGAAUGAAUUUGCACUGCGUUGCACUUACACAGCUUUCUUUCUCAGGAGAAAUGUUGCCAUAAAUUGUUCUGUGAGACAUCAACAGCUGGGCAAGGAAGAAAGUCUUCCACAAAAUACUGUAGUCAUUGGGAGGACAAAACUCUGGGAAAUUCACCCAAAUUCUUGUGGGCUGCAGACAGACGUCUGCAAAGAACAUAAAAUGAGCAAUUCAAAAGCAUAGUAUCAUGUAUAGUGUGAACCCGCGUGCAUAUGGAGCAGUAUUUUGUCCUCAAAGCCAAGGAUCCUCAAACUUGUUUCUCCCGUUGGCCUUUGUACCCCUCUAUUAGCAUUUUUUUUUUUUUUAAGAUUUAUUUAUCCAUUUGAGGGGGGGAGGAGCAGAGGGAGACGGAGAGAGAAACUUUAGCAGACUCCUCACUGAGCUCGGAGCCUGAUGCAGGGCUCAACCCCAUGACCCUGAGAUCAUACCCUGAGCUAAAACCAUGGGUUGGACACUCAACCGACUGCGCCACCCCGGGCCCCUCUAGUAUUUCUAACUUAAGUUAGGUGGCAAAAGUCCAGUGUACUCAGUAGUUCCAAAUCAAUAUUUAGUCUCACAAAAGAAUUUGGAGUUGGUAAUGGACCCCGUGACAGUGACAGAUUCAAAGCAAGUAUGGGUCCAAAAAUGGGAGAGAAAUGUCCCUCAUGCUGGGUACAUCUAUAAAAGCCAAGGCUAUCUGUGUGGGGGGAGAGGUGGGGCAAAAGCAUGUGUGCAGGGAGAUGACCACGUGGGAAAUGGACUCUGGGGGAAAUCAUGUCUGUGAGGGCAAUGCAGGAAGGGAGGGGGUGGGACAAGAACAGAGUAGAGGACUGUCUGCCCGGUCCCAGGCGGAAACAGCCACCCUUCUUUAAAUGUCAUGUGCAUCACUGCCUGAAGGUGGCAUCUCUCACUCUGAAGGACUCCUGUGAAGAUUAAGAAGCCUUGAAAUACAUUUGUGGAAGGUCAGUUCACAUCUGUUUUCUAUUUGUCAUGUUCUGUCAGCACUUCUGUGAGAACAGAGCCAUCACACCAGCCUUGGAAGCCAGAGGCAGCUGGAUCUUCCAGGCCUGGCAACUCCCGGGUCCAUGGUCCCACCUCAAGUGGCAGAAGAGCAGAAAACACCGUCACAACCUGUCUCUGUCUUUGCUGCCCCCACUAACUCUUAGCGGUACGCUGUGCUUCGAAGGACAAAUGGGUACAGAGAAUUCAGCCUGGUUAGUCAGCUGUUCUCAUGCCCAUGAAACAACACAGCGACAAACAACUUAGAGGCUUUUCAAUCCUCUGAUGUGUUUAAUUUGUUAUCUAGCAAGCAAUAAAAAGAAAUUCUCCUGAGUUUUAUAAUAUUUACAGUCCUCUAGCUAGGGAACUGGAGUUUGCCCAGGAGGCAUAUUGCAAAGUGAUUGUCUGGCUCCAGGGAAAGACCCAGAAUUCAGUAACACUCUUGUUGGCCUACUGAUGUUUAUCAGAACAGUGAAGAUUUCCAAAUGGCGCUUAUCAGUGUGUGAAGGCACUUAUCACAAGUAAGGAAAGACUUCCAUUGAUUUGGUUCAAAGGGCAGCCCAAGACACACAGUGGGUCACAUUCCCUGCCUAGCUCCCUGCAACCCUCCCACCACCUCUGGAUGACCUAGGCUGGCUUCACCAGGGUCUGGGUUUAAAAUUACUAGGCAUCUGUGACAGUUCACUUUCCUCUCAGGUCGAUGUGUAAUGCUUAAUUUUGAUUUAAGAAUGCCGUUGGUGGGGGCGCCUGGGUGGCUCAGUUGGUUGGGCAACUGCCUUCGGCUCAGGUCAUGAUUCUGGAGUCCCAGGAUCGAGUCCCGCAUCGGGCUCCCUGCUCGGCGGGGGGUCUGCUUCUCCCUCUGACCCUUCCCCUCUCAUGCUCUCUGUCUCCCAUUCUCUCUCUCAGAUAAAUAAAUAAAAUCUUAAAAAAAAAAAAAAAAAAGAAUGCCGUUGGUGGGAGAUGGAUGGUCAGUACCCAAUUGUGUCAGGACCAAAUUUUCAAGAUCUUGGCUGAAUGUCUUCGAAGCUUCUGAGCAGAUGAGAAAGGAUGUCCACCGAAUGCCAAUUGGUACAGCCACUUUGGAAAACAGUGUGGAGGUUCCUCAAAAAAUUAAAAAUAGAGCUACCCUAUGACCCAGCAAUUGUACUACUGGGUAUUUACCCCAAAGACACAGAUGUAGUGAAAAGAAGGGCCAUAUGCACCCCAAUGUUCAUAGCAGCAAUGUCCGCAAUAGCCAAACUGUGGAAAGAGCUGAGAUGCCCUUCAACAGAUGAAGGGAUAACGAAGAUGUGGUCCAUUCAAGAUACAUCUCCAAAACCUAGUGAAACAGAAGCAAAAAUGAACUUUUGGGACUUCAUCAAGAUAAAAAGCUUCUGCACAGCAAAGGAAACAGUCAACAAAACAAAGAGGCAACCCACAGAACGGGAGAAGAUAUUUGCAAAUGACACCACAGAUAAAGGGCUGGUAUCCAAGAUCUAUAAAGAACUUCUCAAACUCAACACCCAAAAAACAAAUAAUCAAGUCAAAAAAUGGGCAGAAGAUAUGAAAAGACACUUCUCUGAAGAAGACAUACAAAUGGGUAACAGACACAUGAAAAAAUGUUCAUCAUCAUUAGCCAUCAGGGAAAUCCAAAUCAAAACCACGCUGAGAUACCACCUUACACCAGUUAGAAUGGCAAAAAUGGACAGGGAAAGAAACAGCAAAUGUUGGAGAGGUUGUGGAGAAAGGGGAACCCUCUUACACUGUUGGUGGGAAUGCAAGUUGGUACAGCCACUUUGGAAAACAGUGUGGAGGUUCCUCAAAAAUUUAAAAAUAGAGCUACCCUAUGACCCAGCAAUUGCACUCCUGGGAUUUACCCCAAAGACACAGAUGUAGUGAAAAGAAGGGCCACAUGCACCCCAAUGUUCAUAGCAGCAAUGUCCGCAAUAGCCAAACUGUGGAAAGAGCCGAGAUGCCCUUCAACAGAUGAAUGGAUAAAGAAGAUGUGGUCCAUAUAUACAAUGGAAUAUUACUCAGCCAUCAGAAAAGAUGAAUACCCAAUUUUUACAUCAACAUGGAUGGAACUGGAGGAGAUUAUGCUAAAUGAAAUAAGUUAAGCAGAGAAAGUCAACUAUCAUAUGGUUUCACUUAUUUGUGGAACAUAAGGAAUAACAUGGAGGACAUUAGGAGAAGGAAGGGAAAAAUGGGCGGGGGGAAUUGGAGGGAGAGAUGAACCAUGAGAGACUAUGGACCUGAGAAACAAACAGGGUUUUAGAAGGGUGGGGGCAGGGGGGAUUGGUUAGCCUGGUGAUGGGUAUUAAGGAGGGCAUGUACUGCAUGGAGCACUGGGUGUUAUAUGAAAACAAUGGAUCGUGGAUCACCACAUCAAAAACUAAUGAUGUAUUGUAUGGUGACUAACAUAACAUAAUAAAACAAAAAUAAAUAAAUAAAAAGAAGAUGUGGUCCAUAUAUACAAUGGAAUAUUACUCAGCCAUCAGAAAGGAUGAAUACCCAACUUUUACAUCAACAUGGAUGGGACUGGAGGAGAUUAUGUAAGUGAAAUAAGUCAAGCAGAGAAAGUCAUCAUAUGGUUUCACUUAUUUGUGGAACAUAAGGAAUAACAUGGAGGACAAUUGGAGAAGGAAGGGAAAAAUGAAGGGGGGGAAAUCGGAAAGGGAGAGGAACCAUGAGAAACUAUAGACUCUGAGAAACAAACUGAGGGUUCUAGAGUGGAGGAGGGUGGGGGAUGGGUUAGCCUAGUGAUGGGUAUUAAGGAGGGCACGUAUUGAAUGGAGCACUGGGUGUUAUACGCAAACAAUGAAUCAUGGAACACUACAUCAAAAACUACUGAUGUACUGUAUGGUGGCUAACAUAACAUAAUAAAAUUAAAUUAAAUUUAAAAAAAAAAAAGAAGAAAUGAUGACCACCUCCGAAUGCAUAAAGGCUGCAUGGGCAGGAGGCUCAAACUCCUCUGACUGUAAACCCUUUACUUUUCAAGUCUAAUUAUCAGUGUUCUCCAGUAGUAAUCCUGUGAUGUUUUAGGACUGGCUUUAAAAUGAAGAAAUAUUUAAUGUUAUUGAUCACUAUCCUUGUGCUGUGUUGCUAGGACCGUUUAUUUAUUGGUGUUUCUGUAAAAAAACAAAACAAAACAGCAGCCAUUUGCUAUUGUGGAAACAGUCUCAGUGGAAAUCAGCAGGACUUAGUCUGAUGUGGGCAUUUUUGUGGCAUGCCUCCCCAGAAGUGCUUGAGUUAAUAUUUUUACAAUAGGCAAAAAAAGCAGGAAAAGAUUUUGAAGCCAAAUGUCUCUUUAAAAAACUGCUGAUGGGGAAUCUUUUCUCAUGGCGAGAUUUCGGUUAAGGUGAUCAAAUAAAAUCAGUCAUAUUUAAAGUUUCUGGCUUUUUUGUUUAUCUCAGUCAAAUAAAACUGUGUAUUCUAGUGAAGAAACCAAAGGUCAAAGGCCAAAGACAGAUUCUGGUGAUUGUCUUGUAUUAGGGAAACCAUUUUCACAGUGACUUGAGCCUUGGCAGGUGGUAAUCUGUUCAAGUCAUGUUCAGAGGAUGGAAGAGCUCCAAAAUCUAAGCUGUUUUAGAGACUGGAGACUGUUUUGGACUGAACAUACUGUGCUUGCAAUUUGUAUAAGGCACUUUUUACUAGUUUUCUGAUCUGUACCAAAUCUUGAUUGCCAAUUAUCUCUCUUUGUUAAAUGUCAAUAAUAAGUAACUGCUAGUCUAAAACAUUGACCUGUCAAGAAAGCAAUGUAGGUUUUGGAGAGAGUCAACAACCAAGAAUUAAAGUGACUUCAGUUGGUUUUCCCCCACUUAUUUCUCUUGGUAGAAUCCAUCCUCCUGUGGUAGUUAACUCUUGUUUAUUUGUUUCGUACUAAGCUAAAACCUACGUAAUCUAAAUACAUUUGGAACUAAUCCUUCAACCUGGCUACUUGACCACCAUCAUCCUUGCCAGUAAAUUUUAAGUAUAGUUGAGUUAAGUUUCACUUCAGUCCUUUCUCCUGCUCACCUCUCUGACCUUUCUUCCUUUAGUGCCUGAUUCAAGUGUCACAUCCUCUGAGCCCUCGCUUUCCUAUUCUCAGUCACUCCUCCAUGAAUGAAAUCCUACUGUACUUUGCAUAUUCCUCUACUGCUCACCAUACUUUAUAGUCAUGUGUUUAUAUGUCGUUCUCACCUGUUCAAAUGAGAACCCCAUCAGGGCAGGGGCUGUGCCUCAUCCAUCUUUGUAUGCCAGCACCUGGCUCCAUGUCUGCCAUUAUAGAAGGCUUGUCUAAAUACUUAUUGAUUGAAAGGAUGCCAUGUGCUGGGCACUCUG